CACUUUUUUCUCUCCCAAUCCCAAUUCCAGCCGCCGUGUACGCCGCCCCCAUAUCCAGAAUUGCACCUAAUUUCCAUAUAUUUCUUCCUCGAAACUUCUUCCUUUCAUUUUUCCGAUUAGUUUUCCCCCAACUUUAUAAACGUUAUUCUUCAUCGUUGUUGGAUUACUUUAUUGUUGGAUUUCCGUGUGGUCGCAUCAAAAACUCAAUCGGAUGGUGUAAAGAGCUGCUGUAAUUUUAUCAGAGAAGCUGUUGCUUGACUUGGUUUUCUAAAUUUUGAAUCUUUUUUCUUCACAGCAUGGAGAAAAGCAACAAUGAUGAUGAUUUUACCUUUUGUCAGGUUGGGUCACUGACCGAUCAAAAUGGUGUGGAGGCGAAUAAUCUAGCAGCUGAUGUUGGUAGUAUUGCCAUCAAAGACGAAUCCUCAAGCUGCAGUGACAAUAAUAAGGAUGGUGGUUUUCCCUGGAAAGAUAAACAGCCACAUCAGGCUACUGUUGGUUCUUUGAGUUUCAGUGUUACUGAUGCUUCACAUUUGAGAUCAUCGGGUGAAUCAUCAAGAGAAGUAGCACCCGGAGAUGCGGGUACUCCAGCCAAGAAUGCAGAAAAGCCAAAGAAUUCUACUAGAAAGCCUGCACCUCGGGCCAAGGUUCCUUUUGAGAAGGGUUAUAGUCAAAUGGACUGGUUUAAGCUUACUCGUACACAUCCUGACCUUGCAGGAUUGAAAGGGCAGUCAAAUAGGAGGCUUAUUUCAAUGAGUGAAGUUAAGCAAAACCAAAAGGAUGGUUCCAUGUGGACUGUUCUGAAAGGACGUGUGUACAAUAUUUCUCCAUACAUGAAGUUUCACCCCGGAGGUGUUGAUAUGCUCAUGAAGGCAGUGGGAAAAGACUCCACAGCUUUAUUCAACAAAUACCAUGCUUGGGUAAACUUCGAAUUCUUGCUGGAAAAAUGUUUGGUUGGUAUUUUGGAUGAUAGUGAAGGCAAACAGACGUGAUAAACCCCUCUUCCUCUGGAUUCAGCCUUUGUUGUUGGCUGUUGUUAUUGUUCUUGGUGCAGGAAGAGGAUGCUUAUUAUCCGGAGUUGGAUUGUGUCAUUCGAUUCUAUAAAUCUGAAUUCAUAGAAGAUGGUGAAUGGAAUAAGUUGUACUACACACAUGCAUUGCUGCAAUGUGAUAUUUCGAGCAUCAUAUUUAGGUUAUGAUUGGAGGGUACAUUGACACUAAAUUUUCUAGUUGAAGGAAGAAAAUAAUA